AUGGAGCACCCCGAAAACAAGUACGGCGACUCGACAACCGACGAUGAGGCCGGCUCUCAGACCACAGAGGACGACGUCCCGCAGCGGCAAGCCCCCGCCGCGCCCCCUCCGCCUGCGCCUGCCGCCGCCCCCGCUCCAGCGACCGUGACCGCCCGCGAGCGACCGCACUACGAGCUCAGACACACCAUGCGCGGGCACACGUCCUCGAUCUCCGCCGUCAAGUUCAGCCCGGACGGCACGCUGCUCGCCUCAUGCGCGAACGACAAGGCGGUCAAGAUCUGGUCUCCCUUCACCGGCGAGCUCAUCCGGAACCUCAACGGACACACCAAGGGGCUGUCUGACAUCGCGUGGUCCGCGGACAGCGUCAACCUCGCCUCUGCCUCCGACGACCACACACUGCGCAUAUGGGAGGUCGACACGGGCUUGACGCAGAAGGUGCUCAAGGGCCACACGAGCUACGUCUUCUGCGUCAACUACAACACCGCGUCGAACCUCCUCGUCUCCGGCGGCUGCGACGGCGAGAUCAGGAUAUGGAACGUGGAGAAAGGGAAGUGCAUCAAGAAGAUCCUCGCGCACCUCGACUACGUGACCGCCGUGCACUUCAACCGCGACGCGUCCCUCAUCGUCUCCUGCUCCCUCGACGGCCUCAUUCGAAUAUGGAACACCACCACCGGGCAGUGUCUCAAGACCCUCGCCGAGAGCCACGACGCGAUAUGCCAGCACGUCCAGUUCUCGCCCAACUCCAAGUACAUCCUCUCCACCGCGCACGACAGCGCGAUCCGCCUCUGGGACUACCAGACCUCGCGCUGCCUGAAGACGUACGUCGGGCACACGAACCAGAAGUUCUGCAUCGCCGCCUGCUUCUCCGUCACCGGCGGGAAGUGGAUCAUCUCCGGCUCGGAGGACAACAAGGUGUACAUCUGGGACCUCCAGAGCCGCGAGGUCGUCCAGACGCUCGAGGGCCACACCGACGUCGUCGUCGCCGUCGCGACGCACCCACAGCAGAACAUGAUCGCGUCCGGGUCGAUGGACUCGGAUCUGUCGAUCCGCCUGUGGACGGAUCGCGGGGGCUCGUAG